AUUCUUUUGCUGUCUAACAAUAUUUUGAGAUAUUGACCACGGUAAACACUGAUCACGUUCUACCGUUCAGAUACUCUCCAGUCAGAGAAUUUGUGACCUUUGCAGUAUUAGUUAGAAACAAUGUACUGCUUUGGCAUUGCCUUGCUGAUUUCUCUAGUUCUAGCAGUUGGUCAUGCUUCAAAUGCUGCAAGCAGCAUCUGUGAUUGCUCUGGAAAGCUAGCCAGCAUUCCUGUAUGCGCAACCGAUGGUUUUGAAUAUCAUAAUAUCUGCAGCCUGAAGGAAGCCCAAAAAACAGAUCCAGGGCUUGGACGACGCUGUGCCGGGCCUUGCAGUGGCACACACUGUAAUUAUGUACCAAAAUUCUGCAACACUCGCUCCCUCGAAGCAUCAAAAUCAUUCACAGCAGACGAUUUUCACGGUAUCUCAUCCCCACAAGAGCUGGUGGAACUCCUUGGAAUAGAACAUGCCGGUUACGGUGAAGAGCACUUGAAACGAUGCUUCAAUUCCGCCAUGCAACGGCCUUCUAAUAUUUCGGGAUCGGGAUCAGGAAACCCGUCAGCAAGUGGCACAGGACAAGGCAGUCAGCCUGCAGGAAUUAACGCCUUCUCGGCCAGCGGAAGUGCCUCGAACUUGGUAGCCGGAGACGCAUUCCAAACAUGGCAAGGUAAAAGCUAUCCCUCUCCUUUCACAAAGGUCUGCUUAACCGACAAAACCGAGGUGACCAUGAAGGAAGCCAUUUGCAAAAUAAGGAGCAGUCCCGCUAAAUCUAAACUUGGUGUAAGGUGCCUUGGAGCAUGUAAAGAAUGUUCGGCUACCCCCGGAUGUCCUACUGCAGUGGUACAUUAGUUUGGCGUCAGCAAGUAGUAGAUGCAUUUCAAAAUUUUCUUUGUUUGUACUUAUUAUUGUGCCAUUUCACGCCGUAACCAUAACCUAGAAGCAUAUCUUUGCUUUUAUCUGUUUAGUUUUUUUUGCAUUAAAGUACUCGGUAGUUGA